ACAGGAGCUACUGUAAAGGGAAAUUGUCAUUGUCAUUUUGCUUCAUUCUGAAACAGACAGGAUGGAAUUACCAAAACCAUGGUUCAAACUACUGAAGAAACAUGUUGUGUCAAAUGUGGGUUGUAUCUUCAUCCUUCUGGGCUUGGAGAAGAUUGUGGAGAUGGAGUAUAGGUGUCCCUGCGAUCCUAAAUGGAACAGUCUGUUUACGUCUACAUUCUUUAUCCUUCCUGCCGUUAUAGCAUUCAUGGUGAUGCUAAAAGUACAAGGACCUAGGUGUAACAACGUGUGUAAGGGGGUACUUGUGUAUUUGUCAAGCCUCAUCCCUCCAUUGGUGUGGUUGGUCAUACUGUUCUUCGAUGGCCAGUACUUUGCUUGUGCAAAGUCAAACUGGAAUGGCACAUUUGUCAUUUCUAAGGAAGAUGCUCCUCGGAAAUGGUGUGAGCCAGCAGAGACUGUAGUUGAAAUGGAUGACCAUCGGAAAUUCCUUGUUCAGUCUCAGGUCAUUGGUCUGGCUCUGCUCUUGGUCAUCUUUGGGGCACUCACAAUAUUCUUGUGUGUAAACUGGUGCUACACAGGACUGCAAACAAUGAUAAUAGAGCAGCAGAAGGAAGUUGACAAGAAUGAUGGCAAGAAAGAUGUCAAGAAAGCUUUUGUGUCACAUGUGGUUUGUAGCUUCAUCCUUCUGGGCUUGGAGAAGAUUGUGGAGAUGGAGUAUAGGUGUCCCUGCGAUCCUAAAUGGAACAGUCUGUUUACAUCUACAUUCUUUAUCCUUCCUGCCAUUACAGCAUUCGUGGCGAUGAUAAUAGUACAAGGACCUAUGUGUAAACAAGUGUCUAAGAGACCAUUUGUGUGUUUGUCAUACCUCAUCCCUCCAUUGAUAUGGUUGAUCAUACUGUUCUUCGAUGGCCAGUACUUUGCUUGUGCAAUGUCAAACUGGAAUGGCACAUUUGUCAUUGCUAAUGAAGAUGCUCCUCGGAAAUGGUGUAAGCCAGAUGAGGCUGUACCCACUCAAAUGGAUGACCAUCGGAAAUUCCUUGUUCUGUCUCAGGUCAUUGGUAUGGCUCUGCUCUCGGUCAUCUGUGCGGCAGUCAUACUAUCUGUGUGCAAAGACUGCUGCUGCGAAAAAUGCUGUGAGGCUGUAGACGAAGAAGAAGAAGAAGAAGAAGAAAAAAAAAAAAGUGACGAAGAAAUUGAGUUGAAUUCAUAAAGCGAUCGACCAACACCUACUUUGUAAAAUUAGGGGUGGGGGAAUCAAUCAUGCACGAACAAAUGGAUGCACGUGCAUGCACACACACACACACACACACACACACACACACACACACACACACACACACACACACACACACACACACACACACACACACACACACACACACACACACACACACACACACGCCGCGCGCAUGCAUACUAAGAGAAAGUUGAAGUCAGAUUUAUUCUCUUCUCUCUGCAAUUAUCAAUUACCAUUUCCUCAAUGUACCCUCUGGUACGGUAUUAUGUCAUUGCUCAGGAUGGAGCCAAGCAAGAAUGGGAAUGUUCAAUUAUUACAUAUGUAGGACACGGGCGAGCCCAAACACACAUACAAACACAAUGUGUUUACUGCAUUGCUUCACUAACGUUUCUAUGAUAUGGAGGUCAUGAGUAAAUCAUUAUAGUGAUUAUAUAAUCUCCACCCUCUAAAUUAUCUCCACCCUGUUCAUCACUCAUGGGACAAAUGUUAAGGUUUUUCCCCGGUCAAUUACCACCACAUGCAGGCAGCCACAGGCCUCUAGGUAUUCCCUUUACUAAACUAUUUAUUUAUAUUAUUA